AUGGCCACUCCAACAACCAACUCGACAACCGUACCCGCUACCGCUACCGCCACUACGUUCAAUUUCCUACGUCGCAUCAGAACGCGAGUCGUAGAUUUCUUCCUGCCCGAAAACAUCCGCCAAGAAUAUCGCAGGAUUAUCGCGCCCCUAGCCAAAUACAGAUAUGCUUUCGUUGCACUUGCCGCCAGCAGCCUGUUUGCGAUCACAGAGUAUGAGCAGCCCGGAUACUUUCCCAGACCCCAAGAGUUGACCAACGCCGUGAUCGGCUUCCUGUGUGCGAGCAUGCUGAUCUUCGCUGCGUUCGCGUUGAUGGAAUACACCGAGACGCACACCUGGCCUUGGGAAGACGAGGGCUUCGUGUGGCCAUGGCAAGCGCUGCUCUGGAGUCAGACUGCAUAUGUCGAUGAGACGAUGGGAGAGAGCGUCGCUGCGUAUCGCAACAUGAACAUGAACAUGAUGGCGCCCUCGAUCCGGGUAGAUGGAGGUGAAGAAGCUGUGGUACUGGAGGAGACUGCAUCUUGGAACGACAGUACCAGAUCCAUGGCUGAUUCUACACUCGGCUCUACUACCCCGGCUGGCUCGCCCGCUCGACCCGACAUCGUCAUCCCGCCUACGCCCUUGCUACCUGGUGGCCUUCGACCCAUCCAUCUUCCACCACCGCCGGUCCAUCAUUCUGGUCUCUUGGGGGAGUCGCCGGCGCCGAUCAAGUUCAAACACUUCAGCGGGCACUCGAGCCAGGAGAAUGUUGAUGAGGAGUAG